AUGUUCUGCUUUAAUGAUGAUUUUUUAAAAGAUACUUCUGUUUUAAAUCCCCAAUAAUUAUAUAUUUAUAAUUAUAACAUACCCGUGCAUGUGAAAACCGACGAAUUCUAUUAAGAAACAUAUAAAAUUAUAUAAUUCAUUCACAAACUAAUUUCAGUCACCCUUUCUGAUUUCCAACUCUACUCUCUAACUAGUGCUAUUAGGAAUUGGUCUCUCUUCCAUAAUCCUCCUUUAAUCUUUUCACAAACUACCUUGGCUUUGCACUAUCACUAUAAGACUUCUAGCACUCACCCUUCCUCAAUCCUAAGUACCCAACACCUUUAAAUUUGUUAACAACAUUAUGCGCUACUCAAUACCCCUUCUUUAUUUCCCCAAAAUCUUUGUAAUACUCUAUUUAACAAAGAUCUAUUCUGUAUUCUAACUUCUAAAAUACAGUAUUUUCAAUCCAGUAAUCCUAACUAGACUCCUUUGGUAAAUAUUGCUCUUUCUGAUGAUAUUUCAAAAUCAUCUGAAUACACAUAAAUUAUUACUCCUUGUCAUCAUAAUCAAAGAAUUAAUACUGUUGGAGCUUUAAUAAAAAGGCGAACUAUUUCAGCUACACUAAACCCUGGUGCAAAGCAACUAAUCUUUUGCAUAUCUUUCCAUAGAUACUGA